CUCAGUCUACAAUGGCUCCUGUUACUCAAACCAGGCCUGAGGAGAAGCCUGCGUCCGUGGAAAACAACAGCUCCAACAAGCUGAGAAAACUUGUGGUGGAGAAAGUGAGGAGGGACCGCAUCAAUCACAGCAUCGAGCAGUUACGAGCUCUGCUGAACCAGGGGGAUCCGAGCGGCGGCGGCCAGCCUCCGUCAAAGCUGGAGAAGGCGGACAUCCUGGAGAUGGCCGUCAGCUUCCUGAGGCAGAGGGCCAUGGCGCAGGUGGCCCCCAGUUACUCCCAAGGCUUCUCCCAGUGCCUCCAGGAAACCCUCCGGCACCUGUCCCUUCACGCCCCUCUGGAGCCCGCAGAAAGAGAGGAAAUCAAGCGCUUCUACGUGCUCCAGAGGGUGGCCCUGCAGAGGCACAUGACAGGAGAGCAGAGCCGGCGCACAGUGGCACGGAAACGGUCAUCCUCCUCCAGAUCCUCCUCACGGUCCCAUCACGGUUCUCUCUGGAGGCCGUGGUAGUUUGGACACAUGACAUGGUCCCCACUUUUUUUUUUUUUUUAUCUUUAUGGACAAGCGAGCAGCUUACAUGUUUUACCCACAUUGUGUUGAUGAGGUUUGUUUCUUAGGGCGCAAAUGUUGUCUGUGUGACGCAUGGUGUGUGAGUGUAUAUGGUCAGCUGUCCAACAUUUGCACAUUUUCCGACUUGUACCUCUGGAGGUUUGUCUACAAUGUAGGUGAAGAGAGCACAGUCGAGUUGUUUCAGGCCUUAUAUCCCUCUUCUGUUUUGCCUUUUAUAAAGG